CGCCUACCUAACGCCUCCCCCGUUGUCUGCAGUGACUCCCAUGCUGCCUCCACACCUCCUGCAUUUGCUCCAUCCUUGCAGUAAUUUAUUCCUCUGCCCAUCAUAGCAAACCCUCCCUCUGCCCGCCAUCGACACACAUCCCCUCACCACAACCUCCAUCUCCCAAAGUCCAUCCCGUCUUGGCGCGUUCCCAAAUGCGACACGAGAUCUCGUGAGGGUGGAUGGUCCAUCCAAUCUCAUCAUCUCAAGACGCGUGUGGGUGAAAUCUAGGCAGCAGCGGGCUUGGCUACGAACCAGUCACACCCCACUCGCUAUCGCGCUCGCCCAUGGCCAGCAAGCGCAAGUUCGACAACUUCGACCCCAACAAGUCGGACUCCGACGAUCUCGACUACGGCGCCACUUCCUCCCCUCGCGCUCGACCUCAAGCCCGCUCGCGCAAGCAGCAAAAGCUCGCGAGUCGGAAGCCUGCCAAAAGGCGUCGCGAGACCUACGAAGAUAGCGACGGGGAUAUUCUUGAGGACAGCGAGGCUGCCGAUAGUGACGAGGAGUCCUUUGCAGAGUCCAGUGAGGAUGAGGUGGAGCUGAAUCCCAAGACUGGAAGAAGCGUGAGGGCGACGGCGAAGAAGCCUGUACACUACGAAGAGCCCAGCGACGAGGAGGAAUUCAAAGAGGAGGAAGAGGACAGCGAGCACGAGAUCAAACCUGUCAAGAGAAGCAGCGCUGCACGAAGUGGCCGCUUGAUCGUCAAGCUCAAAGUUCCUCCCAGCGUGAUGGACGGCGGCCGAGCCACACGUCCACGGACGAACAGCAGGCCCAGCUCCCGCCGUGAACCUACUCCACAGGCUCAACCCACCAGCGCUACUGCGACGCGUAGGAGCAGUCGCAUCUCGCACAACGACGAGGAUCCGCUGGUCGCGUUGACGGAUUCCGGGAAGCAUGAACAAGUCACUCGCCCUGGCACUGCUACGCCGGAGCCCCCCGAGAGAAGACCAUCAAGAGGCGGCAAAAGCAUGAAGAAGCUCCCGAGUGCUAUCAUGGAGGCUUCUCAAGAGGACUCACAACCACCGCAAGUUCUUGCGGAUGAGGAGUUGAUGUCACAACUACAAGAGGCGGCAGGCCUAGAUUCAAAACCAAAGAUUGACCCUGAAUCACCCCAAGCUGACGAGCCUGUGCAAGACGAGAUCCAAAUGGAACUCGUUGACGAGGAAGAGCAGGUCGUUCCAGAAUCAGAGGAAGACGAUGGCCCUGUGCAGCGAGCUGGGCGAACUCUUCGGCAACGUCGCAAAACUCCUACCCCUCCUCCCGAGUCCCAACCACAACGCAGAUCGCUUCGCGCGAGAAAAUCUGGCGCCGUCGAACAAAGUAGCGACUUCGAGCCCGAUUUGGAAGGCGAGGCGGACAACGAAGAGGAUGUGUCUGACUCUGAAGAUCAUUUGAAAGUUCCUCAUGGGCGUAGUAGCAAUGAUGAGAGCGCAGGCGGAGGCAGGAGAUCUGGUCGACUGGCGCGCAAGACGGCGUCGCAGCGCAGCCGAUCUCAACGUCUCAAAUCUGACGAUGAUGACCAGCUGGAUCCCGAUGAGAUCGCAGAUGAAGCUGCAGACCUGGAAGAAGACCACAGGCGCAAUCGGCGUGAUCGGAAGAGGCCGUCGAGACGCAGUGAGAUUGCGUUUGAACCGAACCUGCGGAACCGGAGCAAUCGACCGGAUUAUCGCAUUCUUCGUCCCGAGCUUCUCCUGCCCAUCGAAGACGAUGAUGCUAUCCCACCUGCUGCCACCCCACAACGAGGGAAGCGUGGGGCUGCUGGAGCUUACCGCAGCCUCUUCUCAACCUUUGGUCCUUUCGGCGGCGCAGGAGGACCUCCACCCGUUUUCGGAGGUGCAGAAGGGGCCGGUGCCGGUGCGACUGCUGGCGUCGACUCUGACAGUAGUGAUGACGAGAUGGGUCUUGGUCGUGCUGGUCAGCAAGGGGUCGGCGGUGCGGUUGGCAUGACCCCUACUUCUGCCUUCCCCAAGCCAUAUGUGCCUCAGACGCUCAAUGCCGAUCCGAUACAAGGACCUGGAGGUGGCCCACCUGGUUUGGGCAAAGUCAAGGACCGAAAAGCACUUGCCGACGCUGAUCCUCUCGGUGUCGAUCCCAACGUCACAUUUGACGGUGUGGGUGGGCUGGAAGAUCACAUCAACCAGCUCAAGGAAAUGGUCUCUCUCCCUUUGCUGUACCCGGAGCUGUUCCUCAAGUUCCACGUCACACCUCCACGAGGUGUGCUCUUCCACGGUCCUCCAGGAACGGGUAAAACGUUGCUUGCUCGUGCACUGGCUUCCAGUGUAAGCUCGCAGGGCAAGAAAGUGACCUUUUACAUGCGAAAAGGAGCAGAUGCACUGAGCAAGUGGGUGGGCGAGGCGGAGAAACAGCUACGUCUGCUUUUCGAAGAAGCAAGGAAGAAUCAACCCAGCAUCAUCUUCUUCGACGAAAUUGAUGGACUGGCUCCUGUGCGAUCGAGCAAGCAAGAGCAGAUCCACGCGUCCAUCGUUGCGACUCUGCUCGCGUUGAUGGACGGCAUGGACGGCCGAGGGCAGGUGAUUGUCAUUGGUGCCACCAAUCGUCCAGACUCUGUGGAUCCUGCAUUGAGGCGACCAGGUCGGUUCGAUCGGGAGUUCUACUUCCCUUUGCCUGAUGAGAAGGCUCGGAGAGCAAUCAUUGACAUUCAUACCAAAGGAUGGGAACCCGCGCUCAAGCCAGACUUCAAGGAUCAACUCGCCGAGCUCACGCGAGGCUACGGUGGUGCCGAUCUGCGUGCUCUUUGCACUGAAGCAGCGCUGAAUGCGGUUCAAGGCACAUACCCACAGAUCUACACGAGCAAUGAGAAGCUGCUCAUCGACCCGGACACGAUCAAAGUGCUGGCCAAAGACUUCAUGAUCUCCGUCAACAAGAUCGUGCCUGCGUCCGAACGUUCAGCCGCAUCCGGCGCCGCUCCAUUAAGGAAGGACGUGGAGCCGCUGCUUCGCAAGCCAUUGGAGACGAUCACGAAUCUGGUCAAUCAUGCUAUCCCCCGAAAGCGAAAGGCGACGGCUUUGGAAGAAGCCAUGUACGAUGACCGAGAGGACCAGCAAGGCUUUGAGCGCGAGAACCUGCAGCGUCAAUUCGAGUCGGCUCGCAUCUUUCGGCCGCGAUUGUUGAUUCGAGGCGAGCAGGGCAUGGGGCAGCAGUAUCUUGGUGCUGCGUUGCUGAGCAAGCUUGAGGGUUUGCAUGUGCAGAAUUUUGAUAUGGCGACUUUGAUGAAGGAUUCUUCGAGGUCCGUCGAAGCCGCUAUUGUGCAGCAGUUCGAGGAAGUCAAGCGUCACAAGCCCAGUGUCAUCUUCAUCCCGAACAUCGACAUGUGGUAUCGAACGCUUGGAGACUCUGCCAUUCGCACAUUCACUGGCCUGUUGCGCAGCCUGCCGCCCACCGAGCCUGUCCUGCUUCUUGGUAUACUCGAGAAGGGCCCAGACGAUAUUGACGAGGACACGAGGAAGUACAAUGCCGCACUGGAAGGCCGAAUGAUCCGCGACCUCUUUGGUUACUCCAUGAAAGACCAAUUUGAGCUUGCACGACCAGAUGAGGCGGCUCGACACGAAUUCUUCACCUCCAUCGUCGACUACAUUCGCAAGCCUCCAUCGGACUUUCCCGAGGCGGAGAAUAGAAAGAAGAGAAAGCUCGCCGAGCUGCCCAUCGCACCUGCCGCGGCCGAACCACAAGGCCCGAGCAAAGAAGAUCUCAAGGCGCAGAAGAAGAAGGAUCGGCAGACGCUGAACUUGCUGAAGCUGCACAUCCAAAGCGUCAUGGAUCAGAUCAAGCUCAAGUACAGGAAGUUCCGCAAUCCUGUCGUUGAGGAUCGCGAUAUUGCGUACUUGUACGAUGAGCAGAAUCCGGAGGUGCUCACCACCGAUCUGGGUGAGGAGCAGAGACGCCAGCAGCAGCUGUUCCGGCCGUACGAGUUGAGCAAGGACGACAAGGGCGCGCCUGGAAUCCUCGAAGUCGCUUCGGGCAAGUUUUACUACAAUCUGGAGAUUGUCACGAUUGAGAAGCGGCUUUCGAACGGGUACUACAAACGCCCGAAGGACUUUCUCGCGGAUAUUAAGCGGCUGGCGAAGGACGCGAAGGCGCUGGGCGACCAGGAUCGCACGUUGAAGGCCAAUGAGAUGCUGGCUAAUGUGGAGGUUGACAUGACUACGCUUGAGCAGACGCAGCCUGCGCUCUGCGCUGAGUGCGAGGCUGUCUACCAGCGUGAGCAAGCUCGUGAGUACGAGCGUCUGCAGAAGGAGAGGGAGGCACAGCGACGAGGGGAAGAUGUGCCCAAGGUCGUGCCCAAUGUCCCGCCGGCGCACGUCUCCAACACGACCACCGAGACCUCGGGGCCCGUCAAUCUCGGCCUUGAAGUCCCGGGUGGUCGGCCGCCGUUGUUCCCCAUCACACCCAGUCGCUUUGGCCACGGACCAAGCCCGCUCUCCAAUCCAUGGAGCACGACGAACGGCAGCCAUCCAUCUGCGCACACCAACGGCUCCAUCGUGCCUUCGCGACUGCAACAGGAUGACUCGGAGAUGAUGAUCGAUACCGAACACCAACACGGAUCACCCACUUCACUCAGCCAGCCCAACACCCAAGGCCAGCUGACACAACACAGCGCCCACACGCGCAUCGCCCAGGGCUCGCAACCCGAACAUUACCAUAACAGCGCCUCAACCACCACCUCGGGACAGAAGACCAGCUCGAAGGACAGAAGCAGUGGUCCGUCUGUUCUUACGCAGCUUUCGAAUGGCGUCCACCUCCCCGGCGGCGCUGGUGGUGCCGACCACCCCGACUUCUCCAUGUUGCCGGAAGCCCGUGGUGGAAGCCAAUUACCUGAUACGCAGGAGCAGCUGGGGUACGGAUCGUCAUCGCAAUCUUCGCCUCCAUACAUGGCUCAUCCCGUGCCUGCGCCGCCACCCCAACAGCAGCAGGCAGACCACCAAGACCAACCCCGCCGCGGCUCUAUCAGCGCCGUCCUGAACCCCCCAGCUGAAACCACCACCACAACCAGCCACGAAGACCCCGCAGGCAACAAAUCCCGCAUCCUCCUAGACCAAGACUCCGCCGCCCUCCUCCUCAUCCAACUCGUGGCCGCCUCAUCCGGCUUGUCGGUCGAGCAGCUCGAGCAGGUCAACGCGAGCAUGAUGCAUGUGGUGUGGGGCCAGCGGGGGAAUUGGAAUCGCAACCAGGUGCUGCACAGUGUUAAAGAUGCGUUUAAUGCGACGGUGGCGGAUAUUGAGGCUUGUCAGCGCGUGUUGGAUCCGAGUCAGCCGAAGUAGGGGGGUUUUUUUGAUUCUUUGCUUGUGAUGGAGGGAAGUGGGGGUUGGCUUGUUGGAUGGGUAGGGGGUGUGUGUGAGAGUUCCUGGCUGUAUGUUUCAUGAGGUGA